AUGUGGACAUAUUUGAAGUCCAUUGAUGAACGAGUUUGGAUGUCAGUUGUGACAGGGUACAAUGUACCUGAGUCCAUUGAUGAUGAUGGUAACCAAAUUCUUAAACCUUCUGAGAAUUGGACUAAGGCUGACCUCGAAAAUACAGGAACCAAUACAGUUAAAAGGUCAAAGCUUCAACAACUUACCGCUAUGUUUGAAAACUUAAGGAUGGAAAAGAAUGAGGUAUUUGAUGACUUCUAUGCAAAGUUGAGUGAUAUUGUCAAUACAUCAUAUACUCUAGGAGAACCUAUCGAAUCAAGCAAAGUGGUAAGGAAAAUUCUCAGAUCUCUACCUGAAAGAUUCACAAUGAAGGUGGCAGCAAUUAAAGAAAGCAAAGAUAUUGAUAAAAUAAAGGUAGAAGAACUGGUUGUCUCACUACAAACUUUUGAGGAGGAAUCUUCAUCGUCCAAAAUUGAAAAGAAAAAUAAAGAUCCAAAGUCUUUGCAAUGCUUUGAGUGUAAAGGAUUUGGAUAUUUUGCUCAAGAGUGUGCAAAUCAUAAAAAGAAGCCGAAGGUUUAUCAGACCACUUGGAGCGAUGAUACAGAAGAAGAAUCUGACGCUGAAUCAGAGGAUGAAAAGGAUACUCCAGUAGCCUUUCCAGUUACCAUAAGCGACCAAAGAACCAAAACAAGCUCAGAAGAAGAUGAUUCAGUUAUUGAUAUAUGUGAGCUUCGGAGUGCCUAUGAAGACAUGGUUAAGGAAGGUAUCAAGGCUAAAAAUGAAAGACACAUAGCUAUUAGAGAGAAAGAACUUCUAGUGCAAGAACUAGCUGAAGCCAGAAAGGUAAUCAAAGAGUUGAAGGAAGAAAUAGCUGAGCUGGAAGCUUUGAAGAAACCUGAUGUAACCUCUGAUAUAGCCUACUUUAUAGAGGCUGAAGCAAAAAGAAAAAGCAUGCUGAAAAAGGUUUGUUCUAAUGUUAAUAAAUUUGAAUCUGGUUCUAAUCAUUUACAAAACAUACUUGAUAUGCAAAGGACGAGUAAGGAGAUGUUUGGACUUGGAUACGAAAUAGGUGAAAGUUCACAAAUGGGUGCACAAAAAAAGACCCCAAAAUUUGUGAAGUUUGUUCCUUCCACCUCUAAGACCUUAGAGCAGGAAAAUCAAAAGUGCAAUAAACUGAACAUGGUGAAUGCUAAAAAUGGGAGAGCACCUCCUCAGUUAAGGUAUGAAAAUUCUUACCGAUUUGGCCACACAGCUCAACCAUUCCAUCCUCAAUCCUUCUAUAAGAGGCAAAUUUCACAAAGGUUUCAACCGCUAGCUGAAGAUGUAACUCAGGACAGGUUACCUAGAAAGCUACUUGAGGCAAAACAGCCUACACAAGCACCUCAAGCUAAUAAACAAUGGGUCAAGAGUUCAGAAUCAGGGUGCAUGUUUGUCCAGACAGCGUUAGCUGCAUUCAAGACCAAUUCUUGGUACCUGGACAGUGGCUGUUCACGACACAUGAGCGGUAACAAAUCAUUUUUCACAUCUUUUGAGUCUUUUGAUGGUGGAAAGGCUAAGAGAUCUUCGAACAACUGCUAUACUAUCCCAAUUGAAGCUGACAUUUCAUACAAUUCUUCUAUUGUUUCCACCACAGACAGGCGGUGGUAUGAAAGACUUGGGCACCUCAACUAUCAAGACUUGAAGAAAUUGUCAAAUAAGGAAUGCCAAGGAUUGGCUCAACAAAAGGUGUGUGUGGUCCAUGCCAACAAGGUAAGCAAACCAAGGUACCACACAAGAAGGUUUUUGCAUGACAAAACUGAAACAUUUGAAGCCUUCGAUGAUCUGUAUCUACUAUUGGAAAAUGAAAAGAAAGAUGAUGGUUUUAAUUUGACUAAAAUUAGGAUAGAUCAUGGAACUGAGUUUGAAAACGCUAAAUUUGAUGCUUUUUGCAGAAGUUUUGGAAUCAAACAUGAGUUCUCUACCCCAAAGACUCCUCAGCAAAGUGGUGUUGUGGAGAGGAAGAAACCGGUGCUUCAAGAAAUGGCAAAAACUAUGAUGCAUGCAAAGAAUGUUGCACAAAGGUUUUGGGCUGAAGCAAUAAACACUUCAUGUUAUAUCUCAAAUCAAGUUCAUGUGAGAUCUAGAACAAAACUCACGUGUUAUGAACUCUGA